GCGGCUCAAGGGCUCCGGGUCUCCGCGCCACAAUAAGGCGUGGGCGGCCCCGGCGGGUUCAUUUGCAUACCGCCGCGGCUUGGCCAAUGGGCUGCGGAGGGGCUUCGGAACGCAGUGUUGCUAUCUGCGUGCGCGCGUGUGGGCGAGUGUGACAGCGGCCGUGGCCGUGGCCGUGGCCGUGGCCGUGGGAGGCGGGCCCGGCGGAGCCCAGCCGCUCGGGGACCGGCCCGGGCGCCCGCUUCCUCCGCGCGUCGCGGCCGCGUGGCCCGGCCAAGCCCGGGGACCACCCCGCCCCGGCCGGUCGCAGUCGCGAUGUCGGUGGCCGGGCUGAAGAAGCAGUUUCACAAAGCCAGCCAGCUGUUUAGUGAAAAAAUAAGUGGAGCUGAAGGAACGAAACUAGAUGACGAAUUUCUUGAUAUGGAAAGGAAAAUAGAUGUUACCAAUAAAGCUGUUGCAGAAAUUCUUUCAAAAACCACCGAAUAUCUUCAGCCAAAUCCAGCAUACAGAGCUAAGCUAGGAAUGCUGAACACUGUGUCGAAGAUCCGAGGGCAGGUGAAGACCACUGGAUACCCACAGACGGAAGGCUUGCUGGGGGACUGUAUGCUGAAAUAUGGGAAGGAGCUCGGGGAAGAAUCCACCUUUGGCAAUGCAUUGAUAGAAGUUGGAGAAUCCAUGAAGCUAAUGGCUGAGGUGAAAGACUCUCUUGAUAUUAAUGUAAAACAAACUUUUAUUGAUCCACUUCAGUUACUACAAGACAAAGAUUUAAAAGAGAUCGGGCACCACUUGAAAAAGCUGGAAGGCCGCCGCCUGGAUUAUGAUUAUAAAAAGAAGCGAGUAGGUAAGAUACCAGACGAAGAAGUCAGACAAGCGGUAGAAAAAUUUGAAGAGUCAAAGGAGUUGGCUGAAAGAAGCAUGUUUAAUUUUUUAGAAAACGAUGUAGAACAAGUCAGCCAGUUGGCCGUGUUCAUAGAAGCAGCAUUAGACUAUCACAAGCAGUCCACAGAGAUUCUGCAGGAGCUGCAGAGCAAGCUACAGAUGCGAAUAUCAACUGCAUCCAGUGUCCCCAGACGAGAAUACAAGCCAAGGCCCAUGAAAAGAAGUUCUAGUGAGCUCAAUGGAGUUUCCACCACCUCUGUAGCAAAGACAACAGAAGUCAAAUAUGACUUGUAUUCAUCUUAUUGA